AUGGAAGCCACACCGCCUACUUCAGUAAAAAGUCUUAAUCUUCAAGAUCAGACUCCAGAGUUUUCCCCAAAGCCAUCACCUUUGAAGAAAAAAUUUGUUACUUCUUUAAUGGAAGCAGCCACCACACUGAGAACCCCUUUUUUUAAAGAAGAUACAUACUUCAUUUCCCACCUCAAGGCAUCUGAAAGGAAGGCUCUUCAGGAGCUUAAGGAUAAGCUCAUGGCUGCCUCAAAUGGGCCUGAUUCUAUGUGGGGCAUUCCACUCUUGGGAGGUGAUGAAAGGGCUGAUGUUAUUCUCUUGAAAUUCCUUCGUGCGAGGGAUUUUAAAGUUCAAGAUACACUGAAUAUGUUGCAGACGUGUCUUUCUUGGAGGAAAGAUUUUGAGACUGAUGGCAUUGUGGAAGAAGAUUUGGGGUUUAAGGAGCUUGAAGGGGUUGUGGCUUAUAUGCACGCUUAUGACAGAGAGGGACAUCCAGUUUGCUACAAUGCUUAUGGAGUUUUCAAAGAUAAAGAAAUGUAUGAAAGGAUUUUUGGAGAUGAUGAAAAGCUUAAGAAAUUCUUGAGAUGGAGAGUUCAAGUUCUUGAAAGAGGUAUUAAAUUGCUGCAUUUUAAACCUGGUGGGAUUAACUCCAUUAUCCAGGUCACUGAUCUCAAAGACAUGCCCAAAAGAGAGCUCAGAGUUGCCUCUAAUCACAUUCUAUCUCUCUUUCAAGAUAAUUACCCUGAAAUGGUUGCCCGCAAGAUCUUUAUCAAUGUGCCAUGGUAUUUUAGUGUGCUGUAUUCAAUGUUUAGUCCAUUUCUCACUCAAAGAACAAAGAGCAAAUUUGUGAUAUCCAAGGAAGGAAAUGUUGCCGAGACACUUUACAAGUUUAUUAGGCCAGAGGACGUCCCUGUUCAGUAUGGUGGACUGAGUCGACCCAGUAAUGUCCUUAAUGGUUCACCAAAAUCAGCAUCCGAAUUUACUGUCAAAGGAGGAGAGAAAGUCAACAUACAAAUAGAGGACAUUGAGGCUGGUGCAACAAUAUCAUGGGACAUAGUAGUGGGUGGCUGGGAAUUGGAAUACAGUGCUGAAUUUGUUCCCAUUGCCGAAGGCAGCUACACCAUUGCUGUGGAGAAACAGAGAAGGAUUGCAGCCGAUGAAGAGGCAAUUCACAGCUCGUUUACGGCCAGAGAAGCUGGAAAAAUGCUGCUUGGUUUUCAAUCUUGUGUACUGAAAUUGACGCAAGAUUUUUUGGAGAAACGUGAAAGAGGAAAGCGUAAUGCAGAGGGAAAUUGA